CUCUUGCUGGUUCUAGGAUUCAGGCUUUGUGUGAGGGUUUUGAGUAGUAAUUGGAAUAUACAUUUUAGUUCGACCUGGCAACCCUGUUCUCUGAACUUCAGACAUCCGGAAGUGAAUAAGUGAUCUCAUCGCAAAACCCAGUUGCUAAACUGCAAGUGUGGUUUGAGGUCGGCGUUCCAUAGUAAACAGCCGCACAAACAUGACAUCAACAAGGACUGAAGGAGCCAGACAAAAAGCAAUUUCGUAGUUGGCAUCAACUAGCUAGUGAUACCGGUCUUAAGCGUUCUCUUUUCACCAAUCAUAGCUAGAGAUGUUCUACUAGCAAUUAGCUAAAAAAUGCAGCUAAAGGUCUCAUCAUACAGUCAACACACAUGAACCAGCUAGCUCUGUGUGAAUAAUAACAACACUCCGUUGAGUGUUGGACGCUAAAGAAUCACCAUGGCUUUGGCCAACACCACCAAAACAUCAUGGCGAUUACAGGAGAUUGUAGCCCACUCCAGUAAUGUGGUGUGUCUGGCACUGGGGAAGAACUCAGGCCGUCUCCUAGCCACUGGGGGAGAGGACUGCCGAGUCAACAUCUGGGCAGUCAGCAAACCCAACUGCAUCAUGAGUCUGACAGGACAUAAUAACCCAGUGGAGUGUGUAAAGUUUAAUAACUCUGAGGAGCAGGUGGUGGCUGGCUCACAGUCCGGAUCACUGCGCGUAUGGGACCUGGAGGCUGCAAAGAUACUAAGAACUCUAAUGGGACACAAGGCCAAUAUCUGCAGCUUGGACUUCCACCCAUUUGGGGAAUACCUGGCAUCUGGUUCCAUGGACACCAACAUCAAGCUGUGGGAUGUACGGAGAAAGGGCUGUGUGUUCAGGUACAAGGGUCACACUCAGGCAGUGAGGUGCCUGGCCUUCAGUCCAGAUGGGAAAUGGUUGGCCUCUGCUAGUGAUGACAGCACCAUCAAGCUGUGGGACCUGACUGCAGGGAAGAUGAUUACAGAGUUUACAGCACACACUGGAGCCAUCAACAUCAUCCAGUUCCACCCCAACGAGUAUCUGCUAGCGUCAGGCAGCUCUGACCGGACCAUCAAACUGUGGGAUCUGGAAAAGUUCAAGAUGAUUGGCUCUUCAGAGGGAGAGAUGGGACCAGUCAGGUGUCUGGCCUUUAACCUGGAUGGCUGCUGUCUGUAUAGUGGAGCUGUGGACUCUCUCCGUGUGUAUGGCUGGGAGCCCAACCGCUGCUUUGAUGUGGUGCCAGUGGGCUGGGGCAAGGUGGCAGACCUGGCGAUCUGCAACCACCAGCUGAUUGGCGUGUCGUACAAUCUGACUAAUGUUUCGUCCUACGUGGUGGAUUUGACGCGGGUGAAGAAGUCUGGCUCUGUGAUCCAAGGCGUAAUCCAGGACGACCAGCCACUCACAGAGCCCUCCCCGAAAGGAUCCACGCUGCGACGCAACUACGACCGACCCCUGACCACCUGCAGCACACAGAGGGUAAAGCAGAGUUCUGAGUCAGACCGCCGCAGCCCCGAGGGGGAGAGGAGGAGCCCCAGUAGCGAGGACGAGAAGGAGUCCUCCGCCGAGAUCCGUAACCCCGAGGACUACAAAGAGAUCUUCCAGCCAAAGAGCGCCAUCUCUCGCACCCCCCCAAAGAGUGAGCCCUUCCCUGCCCCCUUGGAAGAUGAGAGUUUUGUGGUGAGGGCUAACCAGGGGCUGGUGGAGUUCAUGACUCCUAUGACUGACAGACAGCAGCCCGGCCUGUUAAACCUUCCUGUGGCAUCGUCCACUCCGGUCCUGAGGGUGGAGCCUACCAUGGUCGCCACGGCGCCCCGUCCCAUCCCCGUGGUAACCACACGACCUCCGACCUCUAACCACCCCCCCGCAUCCCACCCAGCCCCUCCACCGGUCGUUGCUAUGGCGAAGGCCAAACCCCAGCCCAGCGUCAUCCUCUCCACCAGGAAUGAACCAAUAGGACUCAACGUGGGAGAUUUCCUGCCUCCUGCUCGCAACAACCGGCCCAGUGUGCUGGGUGAUGACGAGGCUCUGGCCCAGAUCAGAAAGGGCCAUGACACCAUGUGUGUGAUGCUCACCAGCCGACACAAGAACCUGGACACCAUCAGAGCUGUGUGGGGCAGCGGGGACGUUAAGACCUCCUUGGACUCGGCCGUCUCGAUGAAGGAUCUCUCUAUCGUCGUGGACAUCCUCAACAUUGUUAACCUCAAACCGUCUCUAUGGAAACUGGACCUGUGUACCUCUAUCCUGCCCCAGAUUGAAGAGCUGCUGCAAAGCAAGUAUGAGAGUUACGUGCAGACGGGUUGCACCUCUCUGAAGCUGAUCCUGAAGCGUUUCUGGCCUCUCAUCUCAGACACGCUGACAGCGCCCCCCUCUGUUGGAGUGGAUAUAACACGGGAGGAACGCCACCAGAAGUGCAAGGCAUGCUACAAGCAGCUGAAGAACCUCAGCAACGUGGUGAAGAACAAGGCCGACCAGGUGGGGCGCCACGGCAGCGCCUUCAAAGAGCUGCAGCUGCUCAUGGCCCCACUGGACUACUGACAGUCGACUAUGCAACUGGAGACGCACAGACCCCAAAUGGCUGAGCACUGCUGUGAGGACUCAAGUCUGACUGACGGCCGCAUUCUCUCAUCCACCCGAGUGGUAAAUCCAGGGACAAUCACAGAUUCACACUGCUUGUGGAUGGACUGAAGCAAUGGAGUCAGAGACAGGGUGGGAUAUGAGUCCUGUGUAUCCAGAAGGAGUCCAUGUUAGAGAUCACUGUGUAGGUGUGUUUUCAGGGCGUAGCUCUAUUUAAACACGGGGCACUUAUGAUUCUGUAUUUGUCUGUGUAUGAGUAAUUAUGUCCUCUGUAACCUUGACUUGCCGAGCACACACACUUUAAUUCCACAGACCUGACUAGGGCCAGGUUUCAAUCCGAUCGUAGGUUAUAGGCAUUGCGGCUUUUAAAGGUAAUGUUCAAGGAAAUCCUACUCACAGUAAAAGCUGCACAUUUCAGCUCAAUCAGAAAUCGCCUUUAAAAGCCGUAAUGCCUAUAACCUACGAUCCGAUUGAAACCCGGCCUGAUUUCUAUUGAAAUUUUCUACAUUCUGUACCUGAGAUGUCAACCCUAGAUGCACUCUUUGAAAGUAGUUAACACUAAAAUAACAUGUUUUUCAAAUAAAGAAUGGAGUCUA